UGCGGGAGAGAUUUCCACAUCAGUCUGUCUCUCAUCCUCCUGCUCCAGAGAGAGUCCGAGACGUGGUGAAGGUGCUGAUCAACAUACGGGUACACUCAUGAAUCGAAACAAAACAGUGAAAACUGGUACGCCUCGAGAAAGAAGACCUUGGACACGCUCGAGGGACUGGCCGAGUGCUUGGAAGCGGAUACCUGUACGGAUGGACAAGGGGAUAUCGUACUGGCCGGGUCGAUGCAUUUCGGGAACUCGUUAGGUGGGGGAGUGUCGGGGGAAGACAUCUGGGCUCGGUCGUCCAUCGACGCCUUCCGCGAACUAGGCCGUACGGUCCUCAUCUCCUACACCCUCCUAGAGACGCUCGACAUCUAUCAAGCCAUACCCAAACUCAUCUCACGGGUCAUCAUCGAUCGGAUCGAGGUGGACCAAUGCGUGGGGUAUGGAAGACCGGCAAAGCUUAGGCUGGAGGAUUUCGCCAAGGGACGAGCUAGGAACAUGACCGACGAAGAGAUGCUGCGAUGGGAGUUGCAGAGCGAGGCGGCAGAGGAGGGGUCGAGCUGGGGGUUCAAGGUGCUCGAGAAUCAAGACGCGUUCGAGAGAGGAGGAUGUAUCAGGAGGGAAGGGUAUCCGCAGGGGAUCCCGUUGUGGAAGAUCUUCUCAUUUCACUUUUGGCAAGGUCCAGGGCAUCCGCUCGGUCGGAAUUGGACCUUGUCGCCCGAAGAUUACAAAAAACAUCCUUGCCAGAACGGGUCUCCUGGCAACUUUUACCUCGGCUACUCGGUCGAAAAGUACUGCCAGCGAUUCGUCGACCCGCCCGAACAACGACUCCACCGGGCCUACAUCCUCGCCAAAUACGUCCACAUUCUCGAUUCCGACGAAUUCGCCUGGGAUUCGCCCAACAAGACGUUGUUUGCCGACCUGAGCGAAAAGUACAACAUCUCCUUUGUCGCCGGGGCGGAUCACCAGGGCGACGUCAGCAUCCAAAAGGGGAUCGCGAACAUGGGCAGGAUGCCCGAGGACGAGUUUUACAAAGAGUUGGCUUUGGGGAGACUCGUCGUCGGGGUGGGGAUGCCGAUGAUCAGUCCGACGCCGUAUGACGCGUUGUGUCUCGGGGUACCGUUUCUGAAUCCCUUGUGGCGAUGGGACGAAAAGAAUCCGGCAGACAGCUCGGCUUGGUGUUCGCAACACGACGGUCUGCUCGAAGUUGGCGCACCGUAUGUCUACCACGUCCGAAAACGCGACCUGGCACACUUCGAAGAGGCCGUGGCGGCUGCGAUGGAGAGGACGAUCGAUCCGUAUAUACCACCGCAUAUGACGGCGGACGCCAACAGGAAACGUCAUCAGGAGUUGUUGGAACGGGAUUGGGAGUCAGAGUCUGUGCCGUUCAUGGCGGCGCUACAGGAUGAUCGUUUUCAAAUGGGAAUCUACUAAGGAUGAUUGGGUCGGUACUGGCUCAAAGGGCUACGCUGGGUUUUGGGUUGUAUCGGUGAACAAGGCGCGUAUGAUCUAUCCAUCGAAUCUAGAAUGAUUGGGGGCGUCCGCUCUUUCCGU